AUGGAUCCGGUCCUGGUGUUGGUGCUCUGUCUCUCCAUUUGGCUUCUCUUUUCACUCUGGACACAGAGCCAUGGGAAAGGGAAGCUCCCGCCUGGCCCCACUCCUCUCCCAAUUAUUGGAAAUAGCCUGCAGAUAGAUUUGAAGAAUAUCAGCAAAUCUUUAAGCAAUUUGUCAAAAGCCUAUGGCCCCGUGUUCACUCUGUAUUUUGGCAUGAAGCCCACAGUGGUGUUGCAUGGGUAUGAAGCAGUGAAGGAAGCCUUGAUAGAUCGUGGAGAAGAGUUUUCUGGAAGAGGCAGAUUCCCAAUGGGUGAAAAAACGAAUAACAAAGUUGGACUCAUUUUCAGCAACGGAAAGACAUGGAAAGAAAUUCGGCGCUUCUCUCUCAUGACCCUGCGGAAUUUUGGGAUGGGGAAGAGGAGCAUUGAGGACCGCGUUCAGGAGGAAGCCUGCUCCCUAGUGGAGGAGUUGAGAAAAACCAAGGCCUCCCCCUGUGAUCCCACUUUCAUCCUGGGAUGUGCCCCCUGCAAUGUGAUCUGCUCCAUUAUUUUCCAGAAUCGUUUUGAUUAUAAAGAUCAGGAUCUUCUUAACCUGAUGAAAAAAUUAAAUGAAAACAUCAGUAUUCUGAGCUCCCCAUGGAUCCAGAUCUGCAAUAGUUUUCCUCUGCUCAUUGAUUAUUUCCCAGGGAGUCAUAACAAAGUACUUAAUAAUAUUGCUUAUUUAAAAAGCUUUACUUUGGAGAAAAUAAAAGAACAUCAAGAAUCUGUGGACAUUAACAAUCCUCGGGACUUCAUUGAUUGCUUCCUCAUCAAAAUGGAACAGGAGAAGCACAAUAAACAGUCUGAAUUCACUAUUGAAAGCUUGGCAGGCAUAAUAAGUGACCUGUUUGGAGCUGGGACAGAAACAACAAGCACCACCCUUAGAUACGGACUCCUGCUUUUGAUGAAGUACCCUGAGGUCACAGCUAAAGUCCAGGAAGAGAUUGACCGUGUGGUUGGCAAACACCGAAACCCCACCAUGCAGGACAGGGGCAGCAUGCCCUACACAGAUGCUGUGCUACAUGAGAUCCAGAGAUACAUUGAUCUCGUCCCCACCAACCUGCCUCAUGCAGUGACCCAGGAUGUUAAAUUCAGAAACUACCUCAUUCCCAAGGGCACAGUCAUACUAACAUCACUGACUUCUGUGCUUCACAACAAAAAAGAAUUCCCCAACCCAGAGACAUUUGACCCUCAUCACUUUCUCGAUGAGAAUGGCAAAUUUAAGAAGAGUGACUACUUCAUGGCUUUCUCAGCAGGAAAACGUGUUUGUGUGGGAGAGAGCCUGGCCCGCAUGGAGCUGUUUUUAUUCCUGACAAACAUUUUACAGAAAUUUACCUUGAAGCCUCUGAUUGACCCAAAGGACAUCGACAUCACCCCAGUUAACAAUGGGCUUGCUUCUGUGCCACCCCCCUAUCAACUCUGCUUCAUCCCUGUGUGA